GAGACAGAUCAGAUGCUGAAUACACAUAGAGGGAAACCUACACUUAAUACAGCAAGAGAACAAGAGAAGAAGACACAAAGAGCUGAAAUUUUUAGGAGCUAUGGGCAUGUGCUUGGACGAUCUCAAAAACCUGUAUAUUUACAAACAUCUUUAAUAGGAGCAAUUGGUUUCAUGGUGAUAUUCUCUCAUUGAGCAGUAUGGAUGGAUUUUGGUCAGCUAUGUUUAUCUUGCUAUGCAGAUUAUUGUAAUAACCUGAGGACAUAUCUGCUAUUUUGAUCCUUGUGUUGUGGCCCCUGGGGGCCUUUGAUGAUGACAUCAGUGUGGCCUUUGGUGUGGGUUAUAUGUGGACUGACUGUGUGGUUUCCGCACACUCAUGCAGCCUCAUUGAGCCCCAUUCUGCUCAUGACCACAUCUGCUCCAACCACGGAGGAGCAGUCAACAGAACCAGAACAUCAGACUGACCCUACAGAUCCAUCCAGCAACAACAACACAGCCUCAUUGAGCCCCAUUCUGCUCAUGACCACAUCUGCUCCAUCCAUGGAGCAGCAGUCAACAGAACCAGAGUAUCAGACUGAUUUUACAGAUCCAUCCAGCAACAACAACACAGCCUCAUUGAGCCCCAUUCUGCUCAUGACCACAUCUGCUCCAUCCAUGGAGCAGCAGUCAACAGAACCAGAGUAUCAGACUGAUUUUACAGAUCCAUCCAGCAACAACAACACAGCCUCAUUGAGCCCCAUUCUGCUAAUGACCACAUCUGCUCAAUCCAUGGAAGAGCAGUCAACAAACCCAGAACAUCAGACUUACCCUACAGAUCCAUCCAACCACAACAACACAGCCUCAUUAAGCCCCAUUCUGCUCAUGACCACAUCUGCUCCAUCCACGGAGGAGCAGUCAACAGAACCAGAGCAUCAGACUGACUCUACAGAACCAUCCAGCAACAACAACACAGGACGUACGUGUAUGUCUCUGCUUCCCCCUCGACGGGGAUCAUACUACGUGGAGCAUGGCACAGGGGUGUCUGUGGGCUCUAUGCUUGUGUUCUGGUGCAGGGAGGGUUACCAACUGGUUGGCCAUGAGAAAAUUACCUGUAUCCUGAAAGCAGGCACCCCUCAAUGGAGCAGCUACCUUCCAGUCUGUGAGAGCAUCCCUAGGCCAAAUGACCAGGGACUUCGCAUUGCUUUGUUGGUUUCGAUAGUCAGUGGGGUGGUCAUCUUGCUCAUGAGUGUGUUCUUCAUCAUCUGCUGUUGUCAAGAGCACAUCAGUAAAAAGAGGGAAAAGCAACGGACAGGCAGGAGCAGGAGAAGAGAAAAGCGGAGCUCUAGAUCUCAUAGGAGCCCAUCCUGGUUACAAAGAGAGCAGCUGGACUGGGAGGCAUUCCCCCCACCUAAACUUUUCAACCUGUCCCAGCGUCUUGACCGACCACUGCCUCCUGGUAGCCCUGUUUAUUCUGAGGUUGUCAGAGCCUAUGAGAACAGAGGGUAUGAGAGGAGUCAGGAGAGCCUGCUGAGAAGCCCCCAUACCACAUACCCCACAUACCAAGCCAACAGCCAAAUCUACCCAGCCCUUGUUUUCCAGAGGGUCCAAACUGGGCCAAACCCCACCACCUCCACCAACAACUCUGUUUACGUACAGAUUUCUACUCCUCCAAAAAACAAGACCACACAUGGUCCUUCUGUUACCCACCCAUAGACUCAAAGGGGAUGCAACCAUUAUGCAAUUUUCCCAUCAGCAGCACUGAAUGUGGCCAAGACAACACAGAAAACAUUUUAGAAAAGAAUGGUGGAUAGAUACAGCCAAAUAGAUGGUGAGGAGAUUGAAAAGGAAUUUGUGACCAGGAGAAGCACUUUGAUAUUUCUGCAGGAAAGCUGAAGAUAUUUUCUGUAUUUUAAAUAGUUUGGGGUGGGCUUAGUUAUUCUGGUCAGAUUCUUAAUUAAAUGUAAUCAUACUGUAAGACGUUUUGAUGACAUUGUAAGCAAAUUAAUACUAAUACUAAUCAGAAUGUUUUGUUUUGCACAGUUCAGAGGUCUGCUUAAAGGGAUAGUUCACCCAAAAAUGAAAAUUAUCUCAUCAUUUACUCACCCUCAUGCCAUCCCAGAUAUGUAUGACUUUCUUUCUUCUGCUGAACACAAACAAAGAUUUUUAGAAGAAUAUUUCG